AUGCAUCACUCAAUCACUAUCGCGAUCCUCGCCGUUCUGGCAGCAUGCACAUUUGCCGCACCAACCCGUAGCUGGUCAUCACCGCACCGCACAUUUCGCGUUCCAGUGAAGCCACGCGUUGGCGUUUACCGCACUCCGCGUCAGGAGAUGAUGCGUACCUACGCCAAAUUCGGAUGGGAGAUCAUCACAUUCGACCCUUCCGCUCUCGGUCUUUCUGGUGGCGACGGUACUUCAUCCUCCACCGCCCCGGCAGCAACCUCGUCGCCAGCGACUGCUCCAGCUGCAAACAUUUCCUCGGCUGUCGACUCGACUCUCGCUACUUCCACCACGACCGGUGUCACUGGCGAGGUGACUGCUACCCCGGAGACCAACGAAUCUGAAUAUCUGGAGCUGGUCACAAUCGGUGGUCAAACCCUCAGCCUGGACUUUGAUACUGGAUCAUCUGAUCUGUGGGUCUUCAGCAACAAGCUUGCGUCUUCCCAGAGCAGCGGACACACCAGCUACGAUCCUUCUCGUAGCUCGACAUGGUCCAGCUAUCAAGGCGCGUCAUGGUCGAUCCAGUACGGCGAUGGCUCCAGCGCAUCUGGCAGUGUCGGCUACGAUAAGGUCAGCAUUGGUGGCGCCACUGUCAACAAGCAAUGCGUUGAGCUUGCCGAAGAAGUAUCCGGAUCCUUCAUCACCGACACCAACAGCGACGGCCUGCUCGGUCUCGGCUUCGGCACCAUCAACACUGUGAAGCCACAAAAGCAGAAGACCUUCUUUGAGAACGUGAUGCCUUCGCUUGCACAGCCUCUCUUCACUGCCGAUCUCAAAGACAACGCCAGCGGCACUUACACGUUCGGCGAGAUUGACCCAAGCCAAUACUCCGGCGACAUCGAAUGGACAAGCAUCGACAACAGCAAUGGAUUUUGGGAGUUCGGCUCGAAGUCCUACUCUGUCAACGGCAAGACCUACCAGUGCACAACAUGCAACUCGGUCAUUGCCGACACCGGCACCUCCCUCAUCAUGGUCGAUGACGAUAUCGUCAAGAAUUACUACGGCCAAAUCCCCAGCGCAAAGCUCAGUCAGCAACAGGGUGGAUACAUCUACGACUGCAGUGCCCAGCUGCCGCCGAUUGGCUUCCAGAUCGGCCAGGGAGAGCAGAUCACAUAUGCGCCGCUCGGCGACGGCACUUGCUUUGGUGGCGUGCAGAGCAACAACGGUGGCGAUCUCCAGAUCUUCGGCGACAUGCUGCUGAAGAACUUCUUCGCUAUCUUUGAUGGUGGCAACAAGACUUUUGGUAUCGCAGCGAAGGCUUAG